AUGGGAGCCGAAGGUGGCAACACUUGCACGGGGGCCAGAGGCAACACGGAGACUGGGGGCCGCACGAAGAUCAAAGGCGACAUGGAGACCGUAGGUGGUAGGUGGCAUGGGGACAGGGUCCACAGCCUGCAUUCGUCCUGGGGCCAAAAAACCAAAUCCCCCCUAAAAAAUGCCAAAAAAGAGGUCUGGUGGCUUGUUUGGGCGGAGGAGGCUAGGGAGCGGCGCUCCGGUGGCAGCCUGGUGGUUCUCCGGUGGCAGAGAGGAGCUCCAAUGGCAGCCGGGCGGCAAGGAGGCUGGCGGAGCAGGGGGCCGGGUGGAGCGGCGGCCGGGGAGCGGAGCGGGCCGGGGCUAAGCUACGGCUGGGCGGAGUGGGCUGGGGCUGAGCGGUGGCUGGGCGGCGGGCCGGGCGGAGGGGGCUACACAGGAAACGGCUGGCGGCAAAGGAGGCCGGGGAGGGCCGGCGGCAGGGGGGUCGGGUAG